CCGCAAAAGGUGAUAUCUCAUAGUGAUAAGCACGUUUUCAAAGAUGAUCCAAAUCCUGUAAACACAACACAAACCCAUCGACCACAAAAUUUGCCCAAAUCCCUAAUUCCAUCGAAACAGAGAAGAAGGAGACCAGAAAAAUUAAACCCAACCACCCUUCUUUAACACCCUCUUCGGCUGAAAGCAAAACACCCCCAAAAAUAUCAAGUCCAACCUCCCUACCUACCCAUCGGCCAAACAGAGCAGCAAUGUGGAGUUAAUUUGGAUAGGAAGUGAAAAAAAAUUAGCUUGGUUCCUAAAUUUGGAUUCACCGCCACGAUUGCUUGACCCCAUCAAUGGAACAACAAGACUCAACUGCGCGGCCUCUGACCAAAGCAAGUGAUUUUGGGAAAUUGGAACAUGGGUGCGAGCAUUAUCGGAGACGAUGCAAGAUUCGGGCCCCAUGCUGCGACCAGAUCUUCCCCUGCCGCCACUGCCACAACGAGGCCAUGAGCUCCCUGAUCAACCCGAAAGACUGUCAUGGGCUGGUCAGGCAAGAUGUUAAGCAAGUCGUAUGUUUGAUUUGCAAUGCCGAGCAGCAGGUUGCUCAGGUUUGUUCUAACUGUGGUGUCAACAUGGGAGAAUACUAUUGUGACAUUUGCAAAUUCUAUGAUGAUGAUACCACGAAGGGCCAGUUUCAUUGCGAAGAAUGUGGCAUUUGUAGACUUGGAGGUCGGGACAAAUUCUUUCACUGUAAGAAGUGUGGAUGUUGCUAUUCAACGAGUCUUUAUGAUAAUCACUCAUGUGUGGAGAACUCCAUGAAGAAUUUCUGCCCUGUUUGUUAUGAGUAUCUUUUUGACUCGAUUAAAGGCACCAGAAUUAUGAAAUGUGGACACACGAUGCACAUGGACUGCUUUCAUGCUAUGGCAGAACAGAAUCAGUAUCGUUGUCCCAUCUGCUCCAAGACAGUAUUUGAUAUGUCGGGUGUCUGGAGAUCGUUACAUGAGGAGAAGCUGUUGCCAUGCCCGAGGUGUACCAGUAUGAGGUUUCAAUUCUCUGCAAUGAUUGCAACAAUACAAGCAAAGUUCGCUUUCACAUUUUAGGGCACAAGUGCACUCAUUGCAAUUCAUACAACACUCGCAGGAUUUCAGCACCAGAUAAUCAAUGAAAACGUUGGUUAAUAAACAAGACAGAUUAGGCUACAAUACACUUUCUAUACUUUGAUUGGUCUACAUUGUUUCAGUGAAGAAUUACUCUUUAGCAAGUGGCUUCUGUUGUUUGCAAGGUACUACAUAAGAGAAUGUUCUGCUUGGUGAUUGACUAGUUUGCUAAAGAGGAUUGGCCAUAAAAGGCUUGUUGAGAACAAGAGGCUUCACGCAAUUUAGAUUUUCAAGUCUUUAGAUUUGCAGGUUCUUAGACUUCACAACUCUUGAGAUCUUGAAAACAAGAGGCUUCCUCACACUAGUCCUCCAAUAUAUGCAAUUAGUGAAAGAAAUAUUUGUCUGUGA